AUGAAUAUCGCUUCUAAAUGCCGCCAUCCUCACUUACUACAGUUUAUCAGCGCCACAAAUGAUGAGGGAAACCCUCUGUUUGUGACCGAGCUGAUGGAGAAAAGUCUGCGCACUUUGUUGGAGCAGCGGCAACUCUCCGAGACAGAAAUAGCCGUCAUUUGUCUGGAUGUAGCGCUUGCUCUGAACUACCUUCAUCAGAAGAAACCAGAGCCUAUCAUUCAUCGUGACAUCAGCAGUGCUAAUGUGUUGCUAUGGCGACAAGGUGACCAAUGGAGAGGCAAAGUGUCAGAUUAUGGUACUGCUAAUUUCAUGCACCAGACCAUGACAGUGGCUCUUGGAGCUAUGAUUUACAGUGCACCUGAAGCACUUACAUCAAAGCAAACCGUCAAGGUAAGUUUUAGUCACUGUUCAAGGCUGUUAACAUUGGCGUAAGAAUUAAGUGACCCUUACCCAAACUUCUUUCCAUACAUCGUAUCGAUCGUGGUUUUUUCUUUCCGCUGUUAUCGGCUUACGGAAGAAGCAGCUGCGUUAGUUUUUUGGCUUUACAAUGGCACUGUGUUAUGUUUUGUUGUUGUUGUUGUUGUUGGUUUUUUUUUUUUCAUGCGGAGUAGAAAACUGUGUCUGUUUAGCCUCUUGAGUUAUGCAACGGACAAUUUUAUUGACAAGUGUCCUGUUUAAUUUCUCGUUUUAUAAGAUACCUGUAUAUCUGUUCAAAAUUAGUCAAAUAUCUGCCAUUUUUGGCAGUGAUUUUGCCACUGCGCGCAUAUUUAGCUCAUUGUUUAAAAUUAGCCAAAUCCAUCGUUGUGCCCCUUAAUCUGGUCUUAAUUGUGCUCUUUAACGGCGAAAUUUCAAUCAUCCCUUUUAUGAGCUCCUUUGGGCUCUGACUGCAUUUUCGCGCGCUCAAAUUCUCCCCCCUCCUACGCUUGUAAGUUAUCAGGCAAGCUCAUUUAGACCAUCUCAUUAGUGAAUUGGUUCUGGUGCUGCUUUAAGACGUUUAGUCCCUACAACAUGUAGAUUAUAUGAAUAACGACACGCCUAAAAGUUGUCCCCGUGGGAAGGCAUUGGUGUAUACAGGCCUAAAAUCAAGGUUGCGAAAAUGUUAUUUGAAAAGGGCUUUUUCUGGCAGCGUACAGUCCCCGUAUAAUCUUUAUUUUUGCUCUUAAUUCCGCUCAUAGGUUCUCAUAUUUACGAGCUUUUGUACCUCCAAAUGGAACUCAGUGUUUAUCGGCAACUGUAAUUUUUCUGCUUAUCUCAGCAAACUCGGUUUGGCUGUGAUGAACAACUGCCCCGAAUAAUGUCCCUGCAAUGAAAAUGUAGCCUUUGUUCUAGGCCGCCCGUACCAGAAUUUUAGUACCCGCCAUGAUUGGCCUGUUAAAGAAGCUAUUGCCAAUUCGCCCAAUCAUAUUGAAAGGACCCCGUAGGGGUCCAGAACAAGGAUCUCACCGCUGCUUCGCAGACGUUACUAACCGGGGUUAGAUUACGUCGGUGAUUUAGGCUAUGAAAACCAAACCUCGUUGGAUUUUUACUAACCGCGGCAGGAUUAGCUCAGUCUGUAGAGCAACUGGACUGCAGAGCGGAAGGUCGCGGGUUCCAUUCCUGCGGCCGGACCAUUACUCAGGGUCUUAAAAUAACUGAGAAAUAAAGUUACUUCCUUUGCACUGCAAGCGGCUAGACCUUGCGGGCGUGUCUUGGAUGACCACGUGAAAUGGCGGUCCUGUCUCCAGUUGGAGACGUUAAAAUAGUGUCCCCAAUUAGUACUUUCGUGCUAAAUACCUUGACACUCAAAUAAAGUGCAUUUUUUUAAACAAUAUUGACUUCCUCAAAUUAUUGUUGUUAGGUUGAUGUCUACAGCUUUGGUGCUCUUCUUUGCGAAAUGUGCAUCCGACAACUUCCAGAUCCUCAAAGGCGUAACGAACAAGUCGUGCUUGUAACGAACGGUGUGUUUCGUGGCCUGGUGCGGCGAUGCUUGCAGAGAGAGCCUGGGGCGAGACCAACAAUGCAGGAGAUAAUCGAUGAACUGAAAGACUUCGAUCCAACCUCUUAA